AUGACGAAGUCUAUUGGCAGUUUUUUGGCCCAUCUGAGAAAUACCCAUAGCAAGCAAUUACCCAAGUCUAAUGUGUUGAAAGUGGUCUAUGGCAACCAGUCCGCUGACUUCGAUUCGGUGAUGUCUGCUUUGGCUUACGCCUAUUGCAGCUAUCAGAGGAAUCCAGAUGACAUCUUAGUUCCCAUAAUUGGCAUUUCUAGACAGGAACUUUCGCUACGAAGGGACGUUACUCGUGCGUUGGCUAGGGUCAAUGUGGAAGAAGACCAUUUGUUCUUCCUUGAAGAUAUGAGAUUGCUCAAGGAAAAAUACCACCUGAUUAAGGCUGUACUUGUCGACCAUAACCAGUUGGAACCUGGCGCAAAGGACUACGUUGAUCAGGUUGUUGGCGUGAUUGAUCAUCACAAGGAUGCGGGGCUGUACCCUGAGGUCGAACCAAGGAUAAUUAGAACAGCUGGCAGCUGCUCGUCGCUGGUUAUCAAUUACUGGCGCAAGAAAGUAAACGAUCCCAGUGUGAUCAAGGAUGCGGCACUGCUUUGCUUGGGGGCAGGUAUUAUAGACACCUCGAACUUUACGCAUAGGGUCGAGGAUCCAGAUCUGCAAGCUUUCCAAUUCUACAGAGCGCUCUUUCCUGAAAUUGACACAGACUCGUUGUACAAGCAGAUCAGAUAUGAUAAAGAUGAUCUUGAUGGCAUGUCUAUCGCAGAAAUACUUAAGAAAGACUAUAAAGAAUUCGAUUUUAGAGCGCUCGAUGGUAAGCAUUUGAAAGUAGGCAUAGCUUCAGCCGUCAAGCCGUUGUCGUGGUUCUAUCAAACAUUUAAUGGCGAAUCUACCUUCCAGCAGGAAUGUUACGAAGUACAAAAGCAGAAAAAUGUGGAUGUAUUCAUCGUGAUGACUGCCUGGAUGAAUGGAUCACAGUUUGAACGUGAGCUGGUAAUCUUGUCACCUCUGCAGGAAACUUGUCAAGCGAUUCUCGCUGGCAUUUCGAGAAAACUGGAUCUUGAGGAGAAAACUUUGACCUCCUUCAGUGCAAAGAGUCCCAUGGCUUUCAAGGCCUUCCAACAACGCAAUAUCUCAGCAAGCAGGAAACAAGUCGCACCAUAUGUAAAAGACGCCAUUGAAAGAAGUUACUUUGCAAAGGUCGCAUAA